AUGUGCAAGGGAUUCGGAUCAACCUUGACUGGCCCUGCUCUCCAGUGGUACAUCAAUCUUCCUACCAAGUCCAUCAAGUCCUUUGCAGCCCUCAGCGACAAGUUCGUAGAGCAAUUUGCUAGUAGUCGCAACCUAGAGAAGAACUCAGACGACCUCUACGAAGUCCUCCAGCAUAGGAACGAACCCCUUCGUUCCUACAUAGCACGCUUCAACCAAGAGAAGGUGGCUACCCCUCAGUGCAACGCUAAUACGACUAUCUCAGCCUUCAAGCGGGGCUUACUUCCGGAGGGAGAUCUCUACAAGGAGCUGAUCAAAUACAAAUGCAGGACUAUGGAGGAUGUGUUGUCUCGUGCUUGGGCUCAAGUAAGGUGGGAAGAAGAUGUUGCUAGUAAGGCCAAAGCCUGUCCGAAGUACCAUCAGAAGUCCUCAAAGCGAACUACGAAUGAUCGUGAUGAGCCCUCUCAUCCCAAGUCCGCUAGGGAGACUAGUAACCCGAGCAGGGGCAGGUACCAACAUCGACCUUUGCCUAGAUCCGAGGGGAUGAUGGUGUCCACUUGGCCUGAUAUCUCUCAUCUUGCAAUAUCAAAACCAGAACUGAUCGGUGUCCUACGACAAAUGGGUCCUCAAGUCAAGUGGCCUCCUAAGAUGAAGGCCGCAGAGGCUAAUCGAUACCCCAAACGGUGGUGCGAGUUCCAUAGUGAUCAUGGUCACACUACGGAAGAUUGUAUAGCCUUGAAGAUGGAGGUCGUCGAGUUUCUCAAGAAAGGCUACCUAAGAGAGUUCCUCUCAGAUAAGGCCAAGAACCUUCUAAAUAAGGAAGGUUCCAGCCUUCCUACCGAAGCAGCUCCCGCAUUGCCACCACAGCAAGACCGGGUGAUCCAUGUCAUCUCAGGCGGAUCAGAAGUAAGCGGAAUCAGUAGUGCCACUGCCAAGAGAAGGACUCGCAACGCUAGGAAAGGCCAAGAGGCCGAGGGUCCUAAGCGCCUGCUCCUCGGAAAGUCCUUGCUCCUCACCACGACGCCCUUGUCAUCUCACUUACCAUAG